AUGUCUGUCAGGAUCUACAGCCUCCCCGAGCUGCCCUAUGCCUACAACGCAUUGGAGCCCAGCAUCUCGGCGCAGAUCAUGGAACUGCACCACGGCAAACACCACCAGACGUACGUGACGAACCUGAACAACGCUGUCAAUGCCUACGAGGCCGCCAAGUCCUCCCAGGACAUCGCCGGCCAGAUUGCCCUCCAGAAAGACAUCAAGUUCAACGGCGGCGGGCACAUCAACCACACCCUCUUCUGGGAGAACCUGGCCCCUGCCGGCUCGGCCGAGGCCAGCCCCCAGAGCGCAGCAACCCUGGUGGCCGCCGUGGCCAAGACCUGGGGCGGCCUCGACGAGUUCAAGGCCGCCUUCACAAAGGCGCUGUUGGGCCUGCAGGGCAGCGGCUGGGGCUGGCUCGUCAAGGACGGCGCCAGCUUGCGCAUCGUCACCACCAAGGACCAGGACCCCGUCGUGGGAGGGGAGGUGCCCAUUCUCGGGGUCGACAUGUGGGAGCACGCCUACUACCUCCAGUACCUGAACGGCAAGGCGGCGUACCUCGACAACAUCUGGAACGUGGUCAACUGGAAGACGGCCGAGGCUCGGUUCAAGGGCGGACGCGACGACGUCUUCAAACUCCUCAGGGCUGCCAUCUAA